CAUUCAAAACAUACCAAACAAAAGCCGCAACGUGUGCCACGCAUACGGCUCAUAAUAAUCGUCCAUAGAGCUAGAGCUGUUGUGCCGGUUUUUAAGGACCUCUCUCCACUACCAGCAGACCGUGGUGACAGCUAGCUGGCUAUACUGUUUUGCAAUGACUUUCAACUGCUACUAGGGCUUCCAACGUCCAAAUGGUGUACAGCCCUACGACUCGACUACGUGUACGAGACAAUUUCGACAACCAUCUGCUCAACAGAUCUUGAAAGGCACAUUUUACAUGAUAUAACUCAAUCGUCUUGGAAGUCGCGAGAAAGAACAUCAAUUCUUUCUUUUCCACUGGAAAAGAAAACACUGAAAAACCAUCAUGGAGUUCAAGUUACGCAGUCUGUUCCACGACCCGGAGUACUACACCAAGGCCUUCCACUGCUACGCUGCUCUGUCGGCGAAGUUCAGCGUGCUUGCCAACUGGGGAGAGACUGUGUUUGGUGAAGCUGUCGUUGACAAAAUCAAGGUCACGCUGGGCGAGAACGAAGAGCUACGGGUCCUGGGAAUGGGGAGCGGGUCAGGUGAGAUGGACAUGAAGAUGCUGACCAAACUCCUGCGACGCUUUCCACUCAUCAACAACCGUGUAGUUGAGCCUGCCAUGGACCAGCUUGUCAAGUACAAGGCCUUAGCACAAUCCAAGGCACACGACCUACACGGAGUAAUUUGCGACUGGCGUCAGCAGACGAUCGAUCAAUACGAAAAGGCGGGAGAUUCGAGGCAGUUCCAUUUCAUCAGCUCGAUUCACUCCAUCUAUUACGCGGACGAUGUUUACCGUUCCCUGAUGUAUCUUUACGACCGGUUGGAGCCCGGAGGAAUCUUGCUAGUGGUAACAGUCUCAGACGACAGUGGGUACUGGCGUUUAUGGAAUCACUUCCCAAGUUUUCAAGACAGUCUGAUGACCUUCACAAACUCGUCCCACAUACGCGGCUCCUUGGAGCGCCGAGGCAUCCCGUGCACGCAGUACCACCAACGCUCCCGUGUCGAGAUCACCCAGUGUUUCGACGAGGCGUCGGAGGAGGGCGCCCUGGUGGUGGAUUUCCUGACCCACGUGAUCAAGUUGAAGGAGACUGCGCCUGCGCAGUUGUACAAGGAGGUCAUUGAAUAUCUCGGGAGUGACCAUUGCUCCGAGAAGAGCGCAGGCGAUGUUCUCUUCAACAACGACUGGGAUGCAGUUGUCGUGUGCAAGCCAGUGGACUAGGGUCCGAGGUGUGGGUCUGGCUUUUCUUGGGGGUUUGAUUAGCAUUGUAGGCCCACUUUUUUAUGGAUACCCAGGGGCGUCACCAGACCAAUUUGAAUAAAGUGGGGGUAUUCCAACUGCGCAUGUGCACAUCAAGAUUCGACGAUUUAGUUUUGGGAUGAACAAUUCGCCGUAUUCGUGCAAAAUCAUAGCGGGUACCUGCAAAAUUAAAUAUGGGCCCCAUCUGGGAAUGCUACCUGCAUGCUAUCUUGUAUGAGGAAUACACUGAAAUAUGGAUAGUCGUCAGCAUAGUAAAUGUUUUAUUGGAUAUUUUGAUUGAAUGCUCGUUCGUUUCAAGCUAGAGGACCCGUUCCUCCUUCCUUCCCCUUAAUUGGGUCUGUCCAUUACACAUGCAUAACCAGAACACAAUCUGAAAUAUAACGCCGGUGCCUGUAAAAUUUGGUGGUGAUUUUCUGUUUAGUUCAAGUUAGAGUGUGAUCAUAGACUAGUACAGUUUGAACUAGGCUAAACUGCAAUUAAAAAAAGCUACCUAUGCAGUGAUGCUGACAGCUGCACAUCUUUAAAUGUCAAUACAUUUUUACAGUAUAGUUAUACGCCUUAGCGAUGUCUUUUUAAUGGAAUUUUAAUUUCAGGUUCUGAAUAACAAUUAAAAGUUCGUAUUAAACACC